AUGGGGAGGUGGUUGUCGUCCUUCAUCCCUAUUUUAAUUAUUCUACAACCUAAACCAGUGGGCGGAUUCGACAUCUUCUCUGAAGAAUGCACAUCACAACGAUGUGUGCUGACGGCCGCUCGUAUUCUUUCAAAAAUGGAUCCAUCGGUGGAUCCUUGUGUUGAUUUCUACGACUACGCAUGUGGUCAAUGGAUCAACAACUCUGUAAAUCUCAAUUAUCCCUCAUGGAACGUUCUCUAUGAGACGAAUAUGAGGGCCCAUGAUAAAAUAGUUCAUGCUAUGCUUAAAGGUACGUGA